AUGAACUUAAUAAAUAAAGGUUUCACGUAUAAUAUUUUUCAUCACAAAUGGUUGCUUAAAAGAUGUAACUGCAGGGGAAUAGCAAGUUAUAAAAAUAUAGAAGAAUCGUUAUAUAAUAUUAAAGAAAAAAAAAAGCAUGUUAAUAUUUUGAGCUUAGUUAUAAGUAAUAAUAAUCUUUGUUAUUGCUUAUUAAAAAAUCAAAUUAUUAAAAAAAUAGGAUUAAUCAAUAUUAAAAAAGAUAUCUAUUCUUAUGAAGAAAAUGAUUUUAUGAGAAAUAAAGUAGAUUACACACUUGCUACACAAGAAAGAAGUGAAGAAAAACAAAAACAACAAAAUAGAAAAGUGGAGAAAACUAAAAUAUUAGAAAGGCAGAAAAAAAAUUUAAGAUACAAUUGUGAAAAGGAAGAAAAUCCUUUAAGCUUUAAUAUCAAGGAAAUAUUAACAAUGUUAAAUUUUAUUAAAUUGUAUUCAAAUGGUAAAGGACAUACGGAAAAUGAACGAGAUGAAAAUAAUAAUGUACAACAUGAUAUUAAAAAUGAUCAUUUAAAAUAUGAUGAUAAAAAUAAUAAUGUACAACAUGAUAUUAAAAAUGAUCAUUUAAAAUAUGACCAUGAAAAUAAUAAUGUACAAUAUGAUAUUAAAAAGGAUCAUUUAAAAUAUGACCAUGAAAAUAAUAAUGUACAAUAUGAUAUUAAAAAUGAUCAUUUAAAAUAUGACCAUGAAAAUAAUAAUGUACAAUAUGAUAUUAAAAAUGAUCAUUUAAAAUAUGACCAUGAAAAUAAUAAUGUACAAUAUGAUAUUAAAAAUGAUCAUUUAAAAUAUGAUGAUAAAAGUAAUAAUUUACAACAUGAUAUUAAAAAUCAUCAUUUACAAUAUGAUGAUAAAAACCAAAAUUUUUUUCAUAUCUCAAAAUGUAGUAUAAAAAAGGACAGUGAAAAUAAUUUGCCUGAACAAAUCAGGCAGAAUAUGAAAAAUAUCGAAAAAAAGACAUAUGAUGAAAAAAGUGAGAAAAAGGAAGAAUGGAUAAUAGGAAUAGAAAAAGUAAAUGACAAAUAUGAAAAGAAUAAAUUAAAAGAAAAAAUAUUAUCCAUAAUUGUAUAUUUUUUACAAUCUAUAUUUGAUUGUAAGAUAUUAUUUUUUUGUCCUAAAGAAGCUCGUAACCAUUUUAGUAAUAAAUGUAAUUAUGAAUUGAAUAGUAGAGAAGAGACAUAUAAAUAUAUAAAGAAUAAAAUAAAGAAUUUCCCUUGUAUACAAAAUGAUGAUAAUAACAUAAAUUGUUUAUUUAGCGACUCUUAUGUUAUAUCGUUUUAUACUUAUAGAUAUUAUAUGUAUGAACUUGUAAAGAACAACAGAACAAUUUUUAAUUAUUUAGAAAAGCAGGUAAGGAAAAAUAAAAAUUUCCAUUACAUCUUACAAACCUUACAAAAAACGAAAAAUAAAAAAAAUAAGACCGACCUAACGGAUUUGUUGAAGGAUAAAAUUAAUAAAAUUAUUGAUGUAGAAACAUAUAAGUUGGUUGAUAAGUUUAUGUUUUAA